AUGGGCACACAAAAAUCUGGAAAAGGACACUUCUGUUUUUAUUUUUUUAAUGAAUUAAUAAUAAAUCGAAAUUAAGCUGAAAAUACUAUAAAACCUAAAACUUUAACUUAUUUACAUAUCCAACCAACCUACCCCACCCACUAACCCGACCCGCGUGCCCUUCCCGGAUCCUUCCCCCUAAAUCAAACUAAAUCCCUAAUUCCUCUUCCCCGACAUAACCAACAGAAAAAAAUUCACGAUCUCUCCCCCUUCCCUCUAUCUCAUCUCACUAAUCAAACUCUACCACAAUCAUCACGAUCUCCCUCUAUCUCAUUUGUUUCUCUAUUUCGUGUUACUCUUUGAAACACUAUGGCUCCAAAGACUCGUUUCACCGAACAAACGAACAAAGAAGGUGCGCCGGAGAAGAAGAAGAAGAAUGAGUCAGUGGUGGAGAAGAAGAAAGCUGCGGUGGAGAAGAAGAAAGCUGAGGCGGAAAAGAAGAAGAAAGACUCUGUGAUAAAGAAAAAACAAGCAGCGGUGAAAAGGAGGAGAGAAGCCGUUAAAAAAAAAAGAGAUGCAGAGAAAAAGAAGAUUGAAACCGCAGAGAAGAAGAGGAAGCGAGACAGUGGUGUAGACGAUGAGUCCUCGUCCAAUCCAACCAAGCGGCCUCAGACCGCAUCUUCACCAGAACAUCAAGCCGAUCCUGAUCAUUAUCCGCCACUAUCAACGGAGUUACCUUCGCAGGAUGAUAGAGAGGGUACGCCAAGCCCAUCAGUUCCGAUUGAGCCACAAAAAUCACCUACUCAAACACCCAAUGAGGCGGAGAAUCCACUGCAAGCUCCAAUAACUUCUACCAACAGAGAAUCAGGCUCACCCGAGGCUGCCAUUAACAAUGACGGGCAAACGAUUGGAUCUAACAACAUAGAUUCAAAUUCACAUGAGGCUGCUAUUGGAUCUGCUGCCAUUGACAACGACGCUCCAAGAACGGUUGAGAGUGAUGAUAUGACCGUAGAAGCUGACAGACCUGCUGGUUUUUUCUUCAAUCCGAGCAACUAUGGAAAGGGUUGCAAGCUCUCCUCAAGGUGCCAUCAACACGAUUUUCUGAACAAGACGAUUGGUAAGUUGGAUGCCUCAGAGAAGAGUUGGUUUCAGGAACAUCCUCAGUUCAAGCAUAUAUUCCACAUGGAUUGUACCUCAACAAGAAAAGUGAUGGGAUUGUGGAUGUUGCUACUUCGUACUAUGCAUACAGAGAAGGGUCGACAAGCUUGGUUUGGGGUAAACGGUGUUCCAAUUAGAUACUCUAUCAGGGAACAUAGCCUCCUCUCUGGUUUAUACUGCCACUCAUAUCCAGAAAACUAUCAGAGCAUAGGGAGACUGAAGUUUGCGAGAAAGUAUUUUAAAAUCCAGAGAGAAAGUUGGUCGUUCCAGGAGGGCGAGAUGUAUGGUGAUAAGGAGGCUGAGAUACUUGGUGAUAAGGAGGGCGAGAUGCAUGGUGAUAAGGAGGGUGAGAUACAUGGUGAUAAGGAUGGUGAUGAGACUAACAAGGAUGGUGAUAAGGCUGAUAAGGAUGGUGAUGAUGAGCCUGAUAAGGAGGGUGAGGAUGGUGAUAAGGCUGAUAAGGAUGGUGAUGAUGAGCCUGAUAAGGAGGGCGAGGAUGGUGAUGAGGCUGACAAGGGUGAUGAGGCUGAGAAGGAUGGUGAGAAGCAGAUUGAGGCAGAGGCUGACAAGGGUGAUGAGGCUGAGAAGGAUAGUGAGAAACAGAUUGAGGCAGAGGCUGAGAAGGAUGGUGAGAAACAUAUCGAGGUAGAGGCUGAGAAGUUGAUGCAAGAUACUGAAGAUGGAGAUGAGCAAUCUACACUUCAAAUUAUGGCAGACACUGCAGAGAGAUUUGAGAAGGCUGCUGCGGAAAAAGCUGUUGUGGACAAGACAGAUGAGGUUGUAGAUGAUGAUGCUUUGGAGAAGGAAGGUGAGGUUAGAGUUGAUGACGCUUUAGAGAACACAGCUUCGGUUGGAGAUUCACAGGAUCCUGCUGAGAUGCCAAAGAGGGUGCCCAAGCGUUCUCAUUUGUUGAGGUCUCCUUUUACGCCAAACUGAUUUGGCUGAACUAUGUUGUUGUUUUUGGAACUUGUAUGUGUUUGUUUUAAAACCUAAAACGGAUGAACUUGUAUGUGUGUGUGUUUUAAAACCUAAAACUUGUA